GAUACACCGGCCUUGGAAGAAUUCUACAAGAGCCAGGGAGCCUUUAAAGAAGGUUUUAUAAGAUUCCAACCUGGGGGCUGUGUAUUGCCGCGCUGUUUCACUAGAAUUCAUGAUUCCAUACAAAAUUUUGCUGUUAGAGAAGACGACAUUUGGAUUUCGUCUUUUCCUAAGUGUGGAACAACUUGGACCCAGGAGAUGGUUUGGAAUAUCGUGAAUAAUCUUGAUUAUGAAACUGCAAAGAAAGUAUCCCUGGAGGAUCGAGUUCCCUUCCUUGAACUCACAGGGCUUCUAGAGGAAAGAUUUUUUGAUGUUGCAGAGGCAGAAUCUAAAAUUUCAGGAACUGGUUUAGUUAACUCUGUUCAGCAGUCAGCCGCUAUUUCUAGUCCAAGUAGAAUCCUGAAAACCCAUCUUCCCGUGGAGCUUCUACCCCCUCAUGUGUUGACGAAAGCGAAGUUGAUCUAUGUGACGAGGAACCCGAAGGACGCCGUGGUGUCUCUCUUCAACCACUGGAGGAUUAUGGAUAAAUAUGAGGGAACAUUCGAUGUUUUUUUCGAUGCUUUUGUAGCUGAUGUAGCUGGAUACUACUGUCCUUUUAAUAGUAACGUUCUUGGAUAUUGGAAUAUUAGGGACCAAGACAAUGUACUGUUUAUAACCUAUGAAGAGAUGAAGAAGGAUCUACAGGCUGUUAUCAGGAAGGUUUGUAAGUUCUUAGAGAAGGAGUAUACUGAUGUUCAGAUAAGUGAGCUGGCAACGCAUCUUGAUUUUAAAUCCAUGAAAAACAACCCUGCAGUGAAUAAGGAGGAUGUCCUGAAAGCAUUUGAAGACAUGACACGAGGGUCGUCUUCCACUGCAGCUAAGGAUGGAAAGUUUAUGAGGAAAGGAGAAACAGGAGACUGGAAGAAUAAACUGAGCGAAGAGCAGAAUAGAAGAAUAGAAGAGUGGGUGGAGAAACAUACUCAGGGAACAGAUCUUAGAUAUACGUACACAAUCUAGUACUAUAUUCAGAUACUAGAUAUACGUACUCACUCUAGUACUAUAUCCAGAUCCUAGAUAUAUGUACUCACUCUAGUACUGUAUUCAGAUCCUAGAUAUACCUACUCACUCUAUUACUAUAUACAGAUCCUAGAUAUAUGUACUCACUCUAGUACUGUAUUCAGAUCCUAGAUAUAAGUACUCACUCUAGUACUAUAUUCAUAUCCUAGAUAUAUGUACUUACUCUAGUACUAUAUUCAGAUCCUAAAUAUAGUACUCACUCUAUUACUUUAUUCAGAUCCUAGAUAUAUGUACUCACUCUAGUACUAUAUUCAGAUAAUAGAUAUACGUAUUCACUCUAGUACCAUAUCCAGAUCCUAGAUAUAUGUACUCACUCUAGUACUGAAUUCAGAUCCUAGAUAUAUGUACUCACUUUAGUACUAUAUUCAGAUCUUAGAUAUACCUACUCACUCUAGUACUAUAUUCAGAUCCUAGAUAUAUGUACUCACUCUAGUACUAUAUUCAGAUAUUAGAUAUACCUACUCACUCUAGUACUGUAUUCAGAUCCUAGAUAUAUGUACUCACUUUAGUACUAUAUUCAGAUCCUAGAUAUAUGUACACAAUCUAGUACUAUAUUCAGAUCCUAGAUAUACGUACUCACUCUAAUACUAUAUCCAGAUCCUAAAUAUAUGUACUCACUCUAGUACUAUAUUCAGAUCCUUAAUAUACCUACUCACUCUAGUACUAUAUUCAUAUCCUAGAUAUACGUACUCACUCUAGUACUGUAUUAAGAUUCUAGAUAUAUCUACUCACUCUAGUACUGUAUUCAGAUUCUAAAUAUAUGUACUCACUCUAGUACUAUUUUCAGAUCCUAGAUAUACGUACUCACUCUAGUACUAUAUUCAUAUUCUAGAUAUACGUACUCACUUUAGUACUAUAUUCAGAUCCAAGAUAUAUGUACUCACUCUAGUAGUGUAUUCAGAUUCUAGAAAUAAGAAAAUAAUAUACUUUUAAAAAAAUUAAGGAAAAAAUUUGAAAACUAAGAAAAAAGAUUUUAAACAUUUAUUCUAAAACUGAGCAAUGUCCAAACUAAAGGAUUAAUAAACUCGUCCAAAAUGGAUUUUAAAUUUUUUUUAUUUUUGCCCGGCACCGAAUAAAUAUACGUGAGAUUUGAUUAAUCCAUUUUAAACUUUUUUAUUUUACAGUUUUUAUUUAGUAAAAUAUAAUCACAGAGUAUUUAGAUAUGUUUUUACUGAUCUUAUAAGAAUGUUUUAAAAAAUAAACUAUACUAAUACAAUGAGUAAUGAAAAAA